AUGACGUCCAAAGUUGCCCACUACUCGAUCGCGGGCGUAUCGGGCGACAAGCCCAAGGGCAAGCCGCCCAUGAACCCGCGGCCCAGCUCGAGCAUUAUACUCCUGUCCCCGACCAAUCAGGUGCUCUUGGUGCACCGGGUCAAGACGUCGUCUGCCUUUGCGUCGGCACAUGUCUUUCCGGGCGGUAACUUGUCCGAGUUCCAUGAUGGAGCAGUGCCGCCGCCAGACGACCCGGCCCGGCACCAGGACGGCCGGCCGUAUAGGUUGGGUGCCGUCCGAGAAACGUUUGAGGAGACGGGUGUCUUGCUUGCACGCGGCGCUGAUGGUGGAUUAUUGAGCUUGCCGGCUGCCGAGAGAGAUGCGGCGAGAAAGAGGAUAUACGCCAACGAGAUUUCAUUUGAAGAGUGGCUGAAGAGUGUAGGAGGAGAGCCUGACCUAGAAAACCUACAUCCCUUUACGCGGUGGAUUACGCCACCAGCCACGCCAAAGAGAUUUACAACACAAAUGUAUCUGUACAUGCUACCAUUGUCUGGUUUAGAGUCAACCUCACAUGCGACAUCCGAUAUUACCGCGGCAGCCAGCCAGGCAGAGGCGGUCCUGCCGACCCCAGACGGUACAGAAAUCACAACAUCGGUCUUUGAGGAUGCCUCAACCUGGCUUGCGCGCCAGAAGCGGGGCGAGGUGAUCCUUUUCCCGCCACAGGCGUUUCUGUUGACGCUGGUCUCGCAGCACUGCACUGAGCCCGCGCCAACUGGGUCUUCCGAGACGGCGGCAGCCCAGCACUAUGAAGCCCAACGCCGGGGACUCCUCGAGUUUCUGUACAAGACACCCACAGCUACACACCCCAAGGCGCUGAAGCAAGCAACAUCGCAGAUUUCCUGGGCCGACAAGGUCAUUAGCCCCGUCACGGCCUUGGUGCUGCCCGACGGCCGCGCCGUCUUGAGCUUGGAGAGGCCCGGCCCGGAGCUCAAGGGCACGGGGCGCGGCGGCGACUGGGAGCGCGUUGUGCUGGUGCGCUUCGCCAAGGGCACGGCGACCGAGGUCGAGGUCAGGGAUAGGGAGGAGGUAUUUGCUGAGCAACGGCACACGGAGCGGUCAGAGAAGGAGAAGGAAGCAAAGUUAUAG